CCCAAAUAUACUUCUCGAGCAGAACCCCUAACGAUUUGAUUCUGUAGAUCUACUUCCUUGUCGAUUGACGGCACGAGCGUUUCAGAUUUGUACGAGAGGAUGUCUUUAAAUAGGUACGAGGAGGCACCUCCUGAGUUACGGACAGCUAAAACGAUGGUGUGGUGGGACAUCAAAAGCUGCCCGGUUCCGGAAGGUUAUGAUCAUCUUCUUGUCCGUAGGAGUAUAGAAUCUGUCUUGAGCGAUAAACAAUACUGUGGUCCUCUCACCAUCAUUGCCUUGGGGAACCUAGAAGACAUCCCUCUCGAAGACCUGCAAGCCUACUCCUCCUCUGGCAUCGUUAUGAAACACGACCUGUUCGUUGAAUCUUCUUGUACUGAAAAUCAAGAAGGUACAACUAUCUCGAGCAUUAUAGAGGAAGUGCGACGUUGGACAUUCUUUAAUCCAGCCCCUGCUUCAAUAGUGUUCAUAUCCAAUCCCAGAUGUCUUCUGCGCUUCUCUUACCAGAUGAACUGUCUUUCAACGAGUGAGUAUAACAUUCUUUUCGCAUUUGAAACCGCUCCUCGCGAUGGCUAUACUCCUCAUAGUCCUACAAAAUUUCUCUGGAAAGACUUACUUAAAGAUGCAGUGAGGAAAUCUGUGUGGGAUCAAGUUUUGAUCCCACAUUCUACAGGGCAAAGAAUUGAGGAGAAGUUCUCAGAGACGGAUGCAUUGAAGAUGAUGUAUCACAGACCAAACUUUACUUGUCAACAGAUGUUUGGGACAUCCCCUAAGGAUCUAUUUGAGAACGACUUGAGCUUAGCGUACAGAACAAGGGAAGAGGAAGACAGCGAAGAGGAAGACAACGAAUGA